ACCUCGUUUUAGGCUUAGAGUUUCAGACAGCCAUCGAACUUGUGAAAUACAAGAGGCGCGAUCUACCUCGCUCGUGAUCGACUUUCCCCGUCUUGGUUCAGUCAUGGAUCAGUCAAACUCACCUUCAUCCGGAGACGGCUCGGAUCUCCCGAUUUUUAAUUUCUCGCGUUUUGAAGAUUCAGAACUUUAUCUGCGGAACAGAGACGUCCUCCGACAUUAUAGCCAACCUUUCGUGGUUUGCACGAUCUGUAACAUGUACUCUGGACCCGCGGAUGUCAUAGAGCAGCACAUGGCAUCCCACGGAGCGCCAAGGAUAGCUUUGCCAGACUACUCCUCCGUCUGGGCUGAGAUGAGAGAACGAAUGAGCCUUGAAGAAGGAGCACGAUCAGGACCAGAGACGAGACGCGCCGAAGCUUGGUUGAGUCGUCUCUCUGAAAUUCUGCUGAACGAUCCUUCUGGUCUCCGGGCUAAGUUCCCUGAUAUAGAAAUAUCAGUCGAACUCGGCAAUAAACCGCUAGAAGUCGAAGAGUUCGACGCCUUGCUCAAGGGAUCCGAGCUCAAAAGCGGAAACUCGCGGACGAGCGGAAAUACGCUGUUGGACGGGGAGUCAUCCAAAUACCCGUACGUCGUGAAGUGUCCGAAAUGCAGGAAGAGCUUUCUCUCAGAAGAGAAUUUCGCCCAUCACCGACUCCAGAAAGGACACUAGGAAUACGGCCGUGAAUCCCUGCUAAUGAUUAAUUGUCAGACUGAGAAAAUUGUUUGUCGCUUAGAAAUUGGGGAAGCACCCUCUAAUUAACUAAAAACAUGCCUUUGAGGAGCGGAAAAUGUGAAAGGCCACAUUUCGACCCUUUUCAAAGAACU